ACUGAGCCGCUUUCAAUUUAUUUCGCUCUUGAGAAUCCUGACAAGAAUUCCGUCGAACCCAUCAGGCCCCUAAAAGGGCUAACUAUGCCCUUUCUGAGUCUUCCACGCGGUGGAGGCGAAGGAGGAUGGAGCUAGAACGAAGCCUCAGCGCGUGCCCCGCACAAACAUGGCCACAUUCCCAGCGGCCCUAAACCGCCCGGCGCGGGUGCGCGCGCAGCGCAGGCGCAUUUCCGCUCAUUCCGCGGUGUCGGCUGCGGCGGCUGUGGCGGUGGCGGCUACCGCACGGGGUAUGGUCCCCGGGUCCGAGGGCCCGGCCCGCGCCGGGGGCCUGGUGGCCGACGUGGUGUUUGUGAUUGAGGGUACGGCCAACCUGGGACCCUACUUCGAGGGACUCCGCAAGCACUACCUGCUGCCGGCCAUCGAGUAUUUUAAUGGUGGUCCUCCUGCUGAGACGGACUUCGGGGGAGAUUAUGGAGGGACCCAGUACAGCCUCGUGGUGUUCAACACAGUGGACUGCGCUCCCGAGUCCUACGUACAAUGUCACGCUCCGACCAGCAGUGCCUAUGAGUUUGUCACCUGGCUCGAUGGCAUUAAGUUCAUGGGCGGGGGUGGCGAGAGCUGCAGCCUCAUCGCGGAAGGACUCAGCACAGCCUUGCAGCUGUUUGAUGACUUCAAGAAGAUGCGUGAGCAGAUUGGCCAGACGCACCGGGUCUGCCUCCUCAUCUGCAACUCGCCCCCAUACCUGUUGCCUGCUGUUGAGAGCACCACGUACUCUGGAUGCACAACUGAGAAUCUCGUGCAGCAGAUUGGGGAGCGGGGGAUCCACUUCUCCAUCGUGUCUCCCCGGAAGCUGCCUGCACUUCGGCUUCUGUUUGAGAAGGCAGCCCCCCCGGCCUUGCUGGAGCCGCUGCAGCCUCCGACAGAUGUGAGCCAGGACCCAAGGCACAUGGUGCUGGUUCGGGGGCUCGUGCUGCCUGUUGGGGGUGGCUCUGCCCCAGGCCCCCUCCAGCCAAAGCAGCCAGUCCCCCUGCCUCCUGCCGCACCCUCCGGUGCCACUCUCUCAGCAGCUCCCCAGCAGCCUCUGCCCCCCGUCCCCCCGCAGUACCAGGUUCCCGGGAACCUGAGUGCAGCUCAGGUGGCCGCCCAGAAUGCAGUGGAGGCCGCCAAGAACCAGAAGGCUGGGCUGGGCCCUCGCUUCUCACCCAUCACCCCUCUCCAGCAAGCUGCUCCCGGAGUGGGUCCCCCCUUCAGCCAGGCCCCAGCUCCCCCACUACCCCCAGGACCCCCUGGCGCCCCCAAGCCACCACCUGCUUCCCAGCCCAGUCUGGUCUCCACCGUGGCCCCUGGCUCCGGUCUGGCUCCCACAGCGCAGCCCGGGGCACCGUCCAUGGCAGGCACUGUGGCCCCAGGAGGGGUGAGUGGCCCUUCCCCAGCCCAGCUAGGAGCCCCAGCCCUCGGUGGGCAGCAGUCAGUCUCCAAUAAGCUUCUGGCAUGGAGCGGGGUCCUCGAGUGGCAGGAGAAACCCAAACCUGCCUCAGUGGAUGCCAACACCAAGCUGACACGGUCAUUGCCCUGCCAGGUCUACGUGAAUCAUGGCGAGAACCUGAAGACCGAGCAGUGGCCCCAGAAGCUGAUCAUGCAGCUCAUCCCCCAGCAGCUGCUGACCACCCUGGGCCCUUUGUUCCGGAACUCAAGGAUGGUCCAGUUCCAUUUCACCAACAAGGACCUGGAGUCUCUCAAAGGCCUCUACCGCAUCAUGGGCAAUGGCUUCGCGGGCUGCGUGCACUUCCCCCACACGGCGCCCUGUGAGGUGCGUGUGCUCAUGCUCCUGUACUCGUCCAAGAAGAAGAUUUUCAUGGGCCUCAUCCCUUACGACCAGAGCGGCUUCGUCAACGGCAUCCGGCAGGUCAUCACCAACCACAAGCAGGUCCAGCAGCAGAAGCUGGAGCAGCAGCAGCGAGGAAUGGGGGGACAGCAGGCACCCCCAGGGCUGGGGCCCAUUCUGGAGGACCAAGCGAGGCCCUCACAGAAUUUGCUCCAGCUCCGCCCACCGCAGUCCCAGCCUCAGGGUACUGUAGGGGCCUCUGGGGCCACGGGGCAGCCCCAGCCCCAAGGUACUGCCCAGCCCCCCCCAGGUGCCCCCCAAGGCCCUCCUGGAACAGCUUCUGGCCCACCCCCUCCUGGACCCAUCCUUCGGCCUCAGAACCCUGGGGCCAACCCCCAGCUGCGAAGCCUCCUCCUCAACCCGCCACCGCCGCAGACCGGGGUGCCCCCACCCCAGGCCUCCCUCCACCACCUCCAGCCACCAGGGGCUCCUGCGCUGCUGCCCCCGCCACACCAGGGCCUGGGGCAGCCCCAGUUGGGGCCCCCACUCCUGCAUCCACCACCUGCCCAGUCCUGGCCCGCACAACUUCCCCCACGGGCUCCACUGCCAGCGGCAAAACGAAAGAGAGAAGGAGAGGGCCGCGUGUUUCGAGAAAAGUGGGAGCGAGCCUAUUUCUUUGUGGAAGUGAAGAGCAUGCCUAUGUGUUUAAUAUGCAAACAAAUCGUGUCUGUGUUCAAAGAAUACAACCUGAAACGCCACUACGAAUCAAAGCAUAGCAAGAGCUACGACCAGUACACAGAGCAGACUCGAGAUGCCAUCCUCAGCGAACUGAAAAAGGGACUCAAAUGUCAGUAGGGUUUGUCUUGAAAAGCGAAUUAACAGAAGUGGUGCGGCAGUGGUACGCCGUUCCGGAAUCACGUGAGAAGAAUGACCUGGGCAUUCAGACCUACAGCAGAUGGCGAGUUGAUAAAGGAGCAGAGUGACGUGUCCUUUACAGAAACACAUGACUAUUGAGACCAUUAUUUAAGUCUAACGGGCAUUUGCGUUGCACAGUGAGUUGGAGAUAACUCGGGGGAUUUACAAGUCCAGUUGCUUGAAAGAGUCAAAUUGAUUGUGGCCUUUUCUUUCGCUGCUCAUAAACUAUUACCACCCAGUUAGCUUUAUUUAUUUGUGGUGUUAAGAAACUUGAUGUGACCGAAGAAGUCUGUGGCAUGGUGCCAAGGCAGG